CCCAUGGCAACCAGCGCGAAGCAGGAAAUGGCUCGAUUCUGGGAAAAGAAUGAACGACUGAAUCGGCCAGUAUCACCCCAUCUCUCCAUCUAUGGCUCUUAUCCUCCUACACUCACUCUUUUUUCCAUUCCCCCCAAUCUGUCUGUGCCCACCUCCCACUUCCUAUCUCUCCUCCUCUCUACUUUCUGUUCCCCCCCACCUGCCUCGGUGAACGCUGCAGGAGUCUCUCUGUUUGCGGUGGCUGCUCUGACGCUGCCGGGGGAAUUUUCCCUGUACUUCGAUGUGAUCCGAAGUCUGGAGUUACCGUCUGCACUCAUCUUCACUGGCAAGCUUGCCGUCUGUUUCCCAUUUGCGUACCACACUUGGAAUGGGGUCCGACAUCUGGUCUGGGACUCGGGGAAUGCUCUGAAGAUCCCACAAGUGGAGAUGACAGGGUACCUUGUCGUAGCCCUCACCCUGGCUUCGUGUCUCGGAUUGGCCUCGAUGUGACUGACUUUUUUGGAGUUUGGGCUCAGCGGGUGGGUGGGGGUGGUUUUGGUUUGUGCGGGGGGGCGGGGGGGGGGGGGGGGGGGAGAUCCUCCCGGAAUCUGUACAACAAGCUGAAAUAAAAGUAACUCAGCACUAGACGGGCCCGACCUUCCGGAAGCCAGGUCGGGGUGGGAUGCUGCCGCUCGCACCGGGAGCAACUUUACGGGGGUCGGCGAGCGGGGUCACAGGCGCGGA